AUGCCAUUCAAGACCGUCGCAUUGAGUGCGGCCUUGACUCCUACCGUUAUUUCGACUUGGUUUUCCCACUACCUAAACCGAAAAUCCCUCCACAACACCCCCUCCGUCCACAUCUCCUAUGAUGAAGGCAUCCACAUCAUGCGCGAAUUUCUCGUCUUCGCGUCGAAACAGCCCGUUGAAGACCUCCAAGAAUUCUCCCGCCAAUGGGUCCCCAGUCCGCACUGGGUGAGGACUGAGCCUGCCAGCAUCCCCGACACGUACCUCGAAUCCGCCGCGAAAACGUUGAUUGCGCAACUCGGGCCGAAGGGGAUAAAGGCUGUUGGUGGGCAGGAGUGGUGGCAGUGGCGCGGGCCCGCUGAGGAUUUGAGAGGAGAGUGGAUUGAGAUGCGGAAUGAUUACAACGAGAGAAAGAAAGUUGGGGAAGAGAAGUACAAGGGAAGGAACCGGAUUAUUCUGUAUGUGCACGGCGGUGCAUACUUUUUCGGGAGUGUGGAUACGCAUCGGUAUCAGAUGCAGAGACAUGCGAGAAAGUUGAAGGGGAGAGUUUUUGCACGGUAUGCUUCACCCGGUGGUUUGGUUUGA